UGUUUUUACUUCGCAGUGAGGUCGUACGCAACAAUUAGUGCGAUAUGCGCUCAUUUGAGCGUGGUGAGAAGUGUGCGAUACACGCUCGAUUGAGCGAAGUGUGAAGUUAUUAUUUUCGACAUAUUAAUUAAGUGUUAUGUUUAUAAGUUAUUAUUUCAUUACUGACAUCUAAUUUCAUAAAUAAGCAGUACGGCAAUGCCGUUCCUCUUGAAUAAAAACAUAAUUUCAAACAGUAAAAAUCAUCUGUAAAACAUAGAACGGUGGCGGGGUUCUCAUUGCCGUAGCUUCACACCUACGUACAAUACUUUGUCCUACACAGGAUACCGUUGAGCAACUCUGGGUAAGAGUUUAUGGUAAUAAACGUACUUUUAUCAUGGGUGUAGUGUACAUUCCUCCAGAUUUAGUAAACAACACUACUACCAUGCAAACUAUCUGCUCCACCAUAGAUAAUAUUGCUUGUGCAACCACCGAUUCGCUUCUCCUAUUCGGGGAUUUUAACUUCCCCAAUCUUUCUUGGAACACCGAUGAUUCUAACGUUCUUGCACUUCGAAUCAAUUAUGAGAAUUCACGAAUUACUGACAACUGCCGCUCUUUGCUUGACUGCAUCUAUAGUAAUGGGCUUUCUCAGAUUAACUUUAUACCUAAUGCAUCGAAUAACAUUCUCGAUCUCAUAAUUGUCUCUGACGAGAUCCUACAUUAUUGUGCCCCACCGGUGGUGUCACCUUUCCCUAUGGUUGCCGUUGAUGUUCAUCAUCCUCCUGUUGAACUACACUUAACUGGUGCUGGCAAUACAGCUCGUUCCUGGCGUUCCACCUCACCAAACCGUGAGUCCGGCACACGUAACUACAGGCGAACUAACUUUAUCCGUCUAGCUGAACUGCUUCAAUCUACUGACUGGUCUUUCCUGCAAGGUAAUCCGGAUGUUAACUCAGCAUUGGAACUAUUGAACACAACACUACUGGCGCUUAUAUCUGAUUGCUGUCCUCUAAUGCCACCGCGUCGCAGUCCACCAUGGUCUGAUGCACGUUUACGCCGUCUAAAGCAAAACAAAGCGUCAUGCUUUCGCUUUUACAGUACAAAUGGUACACAACACUCCAAAUUAAGGUUCAUUGCUGCCCAUAAUGUAUAUAGAAGCUAUAACAGACAACUUCAUACUCGUUAUCUCAUUCGAGUGAAAUUCUCGCUCAUCAGACACCCAACACGAUUCUGGAGGUAUGUUGAAUCGAAACGCGGUAACAGCUCGCUCCCCGAUGUUCUCACAUAUAACAACGUCUCCACAAGCAGUAAGGAAGGCAUGUGCAACUUAUUUGCUAAUCGUUUCAAGGACUGCUUUACUACGGAUGAUGCAAGCUUAUCAUUAGAAGUAGCUUUAAAUAAUGUGCCCCGUGAUGUUGUUGACAUUGACGUACGCGAUAUUAUUAUCUCGGUAGAUACUGUACUACGUGCUCUGCAGCAGGUCAAAACCUCAUACAACCCUGGACCCGAUGGUAUUCCUACGGCAAUCCUUGCCAAAUGCCGCGAAUUUUUAGCAGAGCCUCUGUCUCAAAUCUACCAACUCUCUUUUGCACAAAGUACUGUACCCACGGCCUGGAAAUCCUCUGUGAUGUUUCCGGUGUACAAAAAAGGGGAUAAAAACUCUGCUGAGAACUACCGCGCAUGGUUUCUUUCCUCGACGCAGUGUUACCACAAACCUGGUGGAAUUCGUCUCCAACUGCCAUGCAGCCUUUACUUCCGGAGCUCAGAUGGAUGCAGUAUACACUGAUCUUAAGGCUGCGUUUGAACGUGUGAACCAUCGCUUGCUGUUGGCUAAGCUCGCCCGGAUCGGUCUCUCUACUCCGCUGGUGAAUUGGUUCAGGUCCUAUAUCUCUGAACGUAGCUACUACGUACAAAUUGAUGGUGUCUCCUCUAACGUUUUCGAGAGUUCAUCUGGCGUCCCUCAGGGCAGCAACUUGGGACCACUGCUGUUCUCGCUUUUUAUUAACGACGUCACACUGGCCAUUACGGAAGCAGAUUGUCUGCUUUAUGCGGAUGAUGUUAGGCUGUUUCGUAUCGUACGGAACACUUCCGACUCUCUUUCUCUGCAAAGAUCGAUUGAUGUUUUCUCUGACUGGUGUAUCAACAACGACCUGCUAAUUUCUGUUGAUAAGUGUACGUCAAUGUCUUUCUUUAGAAUAGCUAGUCCGAUAAGGUAUAUCUAUAGCAUAUCAGGGACACAACUACCUUGGUGCAAUAUGGUCAGGGAUUUAGGAGUCACCCUGGAUCGCAAACUAGAUUUCCGACAACAUUACUGUGAUAUUUUAGACAAAGCUAACAAAAUACUAGGAUUUAUUCGUCGACAUUCGAGAGAACUCAAUGACCCACACUGCUUGUUAACUCUGUAUAAGUCCUAUGUUCGUUCCAUCCUUGAGUUUAGUUCUACAGUUUGGUGUCCGUUCUCUAGUGUUUGGUCCAAUAGAAUAGAAGCUGUCCAAAAGAGAGUUACUCGUAUUGUCCUACACUUCACUCCGUGGCGUAAUGUAACCCCUUGUCCACCGUAUCAUACUCGUUGUUUGUUGUUUGGUCUGGACACACUUGCUAGGAGACGUGAUAAUGCCCAAUGUACUUUUUUGUCCAAACUUAUUGUCGGUGAGAUAGAUUCGCAAGAACUACUGGCUAGAGUCAACAUAAAUGUCCUUCCUGGAGUGUUCCGUAACUACAGACUAAUAAGAACUGACCUUACAAGUCGUGCAUACAGCGAGAACAACCCAAUGACUGCGAUGGCCCGUAAAUUUAAUCAGCGUUACAUGUUAUUUGACUGGCACCUACCUACAAGAUUCUGUUGAUCCGUCUUGUCAUUGUACACUGCGUUAGUUUUUUGAGUUCUAGUUUUAAUUCAGUGAUAAGGCCGCUUGUUUGGCCAAUCACUUAAUACAAUAAACAAUACAACAAUACAAUAAUAGAAAAAAGUUAUUUGCGAGAUAUUUCUACCGGGUAUACUGUCAAUAAACUC